AUGGCAGUUCAGAUCCUGGGGACAGCAGUGGGAAGGCAGAAGACAUGGCAAACGCCAUUUCGAGAGACCGGCAUCCUCGAACAUGUGGUCCAGAACCUAGACCCAGCCACAACCCCGGUUGUGCUGGCUAAGCAGUAUCUGAGGGUCAUUGGCAACUGCGUAGCGGACAAUGAUGCCAAUCGUGAGCUUAUUACAGAAGAUUUUGAGAAGCUCCUUGCUUGUCUGCAAGAAACAGAGCUCACGACAACUGCUUUGGCGGUUCUGUUCAAUCUCUGCAACGAUUUCGAACCUGCUCAAAUCGAAGCAGCAAAGUCGAGACUGGAUAAUAUCCUUGCAGAAUGCCUGGCAGCAGGCAAAAUACCUGAGCAAGUUGUCGAAUAUGCCACGGACCUGCUAUCCUACACCACCGAAAAGCUCUCGCCCAUUCAGCUAGAGGACGACACAUCAGCCAGAGUAUUCAACAAUAUCUUGAAGGUAUCACUCAAUUGUAAUGAAGAUCAUUACCAAGAAUACGUCGCAAUCUUGGUUCACUACCUGCAGGACCCCGAGUUCCAGCAGAAGGCGGCCAACCCGGAUACCUUGGAGAGACUCGUCGACGUCCUGCUAGACUUUGAGACUCGUCUAUCACUUGAUGAAUUCCAAGGAAUCUUCCGAGAGCUGGGUGCGCACAGCGACUCUGGCAAGAUCAUGUCCGAGGAGACCAACGUCAUUCUCAUGGUCCGGCUCGUCAACUCGCUCUCUGCAAUCUCGGCAUCAGAUGCCUUUGUGCGGAACUUCAAGCUGAGGAGUCCCGUCGUCAAAAAGAUCAAGUCGAAGCUGCUGUCGCUGGCGACCUCGCCGUCCACGGUAUGCGCUUGCGUAAUGCUGGGUAAUCUUGCAACCUCAGAUCAAGUAUGUAUCGACAUGGUUGAAGAUAUGGGGCUACACUUGACGCUUAUCGGCGUCCUGUCGUCCCGCAGAGAGCCAGCGCUGCUGUACGCUGCCGCCGGAUUCAUGCGCCACCUCGCCUUCCCAGAAGCGAACAGAUCUGUACUAGGAGAAUCAGGCCUCAUCGAAACGUGCUGCCGCCUCCUUUCCAACAAAGAUCCAUCAGUCCGCGGUGAAGCAGCGGCAAUCCUCUGCAAGGUAGUGUCGAACAACUUCCCCAACAUCGAGAAAGUCGUAUACGAAGCCAUGCCCGAGAACACAACGCCCGCUCAGCUACCGGGGGUCGAAGUCCCCGUACAUCCAACAAUCCUAUACCAGAUCGUGACGCAGGCGUUGGUUCCUUCGGCGCCGCUUCCCAGCACGACCAUGAAGAACCCGAUGAUUGAGAUUGGGCGAACAAUAAUCGCCAUUCUCCGGUAUCUGCGCCGAGCGGAUGCAGAAGAGGAUGUAGACGCCGUAGCCCGUCACAUGUUCAAGACGCCGGUAGUGGCUCGACCGAUAGCGCGACUUGUACGUCAACGAUUCUACGCCGACGCGAGGUCAGAGGGGCUUUUGGGUCUAGGACUCAUGGCGCAGUCGCACGAAGGUGCUGUAUGCGUGGUAGAAGAGAUGAAGUCGGAUUCCGGUCUACUUGAGGCUAUUAAGGAAUUUGCAGUUGAGCAGAAGAACCAAGGGCAGAAGAGCGAUACCGCUGCCGGUAGAGACUACCAGAAUGCCGUGGUGCUUCUGCAUGGCCUUGCUACGAACGGGGUAGGUCUUGAACAAAUUGCACCCGUAUGUACAAAUAGCUAACAACUGCAGGUUAACGCAUUGGAUGCAGCUUUGAAAGCCAAUGUAGAGUCUCUACAGGCUGAACUCAGCAGGCUCAUGGUUUAGCGCUUGGUUCGACACACGGGAGGCGUUCAAUAGGCAUUUGGAUAUAGGAUAUCAUGAUAGGACGAAGGAUACCAUGGCUUCGAGCCGCAAUUUAGGGUUUCGGAAUUCUGGGCGUUGACCGUCGAUAGAUGCAAAAGUUAUCCCAUGGAUCAUACGAGCAUCUCUCC